AUCAAUGAGUUUUCUCUUCACUCACAGCUAAAAUUAAACCUAAACAACUCUCCUGAAUUCUUUCUUCCAAUCCAUCAAAUCUGCUAAUUCUUUACAAUUCCUUAGUACAUAGGCAUAGCAAUAUGGCUUUUUCUGAAAGAGCAUGGUUCAGCUUUUGGGCUUGCCUAGUGAUUUUAAGCUCUUUAACCGUGUCCGCUUUGUCUGGUAAUUUCUACCAAGAUUUUGAUAUCACAUGGGGCGAUGGUCGGGCAAAGAUACUCAACAACGGGGAACUCCUUACUCUCUCCCUAGACAAGGCCUCUGGCUCUGGCUUUCAGUCCAAGAACGAGUUUCUAUUCGGGAAGAUUGAUAUGCAGCUCAAGCUCGUCCCUGGCAACUCUGCUGGCACCGUUACUGCCUACUACUUGUCAUCUCAGGGACCAACCCACGAUGAGAUUGACUUCGAAUUCCUUGGCAAUCUCAGUGGUGACCCCUACAUCCUCCAUACUAACGUCUUCAGCCAAGGCAAAGGUAACAGAGAGCAGCAGUUCUACCUUUGGUUCGACCCAACUGCUGAUUUUCACACUUACUCCAUUUUGUGGAAUCCCCAACGUAUUGUCUUCUCUGUUGAUGGAAUUCCGAUCAGGGAAUUCAACAACUCGGAAUCAAUUGGAGUUCCAUUCCCCAAGAGCCAACCCAUGAGGAUAUACUCCAGCCUCUGGAACGCUGAUGACUGGGCCACAAGGGGUGGCCUUGUCAAAACCGACUGGACACAAGCACCUUUCACGGCCUCCUACAGAAACUUCAAGGCCGAUGCUUGUAUUUGGUCCUCUGGUGCUUCUUCUUGCGACUCUAGAUCUCCCUCCUCGACCUCUAACGCCAACGCCUGGUGGCUCUCACAGGAGCUGGACUCAACAAGCCAAGAGAGAAUGGGAUGGGUUCAGAAGAACUACAUGAUAUACAAUUACUGCACAGAUACAAAGCGCUUCCCUCAAGGCCUCCCUCUGGAAUGCUAGCUCUAAUACCACCAUACCUCUUAAAGAUUGAUAAUUCCUAUACCCAUCAAUCGUUUAUUUCUUAAUUUUUAUUAUUUCAGGAAUUUUGACAGACCGUUCGUUCAUUCAUUUAUUCGUUUCUCAUAUAUAAUAAUCUUCACUUGUGUAUCUUAUUCACGGUGCAAUUGCUUGUAAUUUUGAUUAAGUUAUGAGUCUAUAUAUAAGACGGCAUAAUUUUGUUCAA